AUGCCUCUGCGCGCCAAGGUGACCAACCCUGCCUUCCGGGCGACUGCUUCGAUGUCAACCACCCCAGAGAUCCCCAAGGAGCUCCCUGGCGAUGAGCCCGACGAUGUCCUGUUCAACUCCAUCUACGGUCUGCGCAGCAUUGAGCUCAACCGCCCCAAGAAACUCAACUCCCUCAAUGGCUCGAUGGCACGAAAGAUUUUCCCCCGGUUGAAGGAAUGGGAAAAGUCUCAUCUUGCGAACAUUAUCCUCAUUUCGGGAGCAGGGAGCAAGGCGCUCUGCGCCGGAGGUGAUGUCGCCGCGCUGGCACUACAAAAUGAGAAAGGAUUGGAGGGACAACGCGAAUCAACUGAUUUCUUCGGCCUCGAAUACCGUCUUGACCACACGAUCGCGACAUACUCGAAGCCCGUCAUCUCGUUCAUGGAUGGGAUCACCAUGGGUGGUGGAGUUGGCCUCAGCAUGCACGCCCCAUUCCGAGUUGCGACCGAGAAGACUGUUUUCGCUAUGCCAGAGACCACCAUUGGUUUCUUCCCCGACGUUGGCGGCUCCUUCUUCCUGCCACGGCUGGACGGUGAGACCGGAACCUACCUUGCCCUGACCUCGGAGCGCUUGAAUGGUGUUCAGGCUCUGUACACCGGUAUUGCGACCCACUACUUGCACUCGAGUGUUCUCAGCAACGUCACCCAGCGUCUUUCGGAGCUAGUAUUUCCCGACCACGUUGGCCUUCGCGAGCGCCAAAACAUUGUGAACAAGACCAUGGCUGAGUUCUCGCUCGGCCUCCCGUCUCUCCAGGAGGAGCCCAUGCUUUUGGCUGGUGGCCUGCGUGCGGCUAUUGACCGUUGCUUCAAAUUCAACACCGUCGAGGAGAUUUUCAAAGCAUUGGAGAGCGAGGCCGACCAAAAGGAGUGGGCUCAGAAGACCCUGGAGACUCUGUCGAUCCGCUCCCCCACUUCGCUUAAGGUGACUCUGCGCCAGCUUCGUCUCGGCAAGAAAUGGAGCAUCACCCAGACUUUCCAGCGAGAGCACGAGAUUGCCGCUAACUUCAUGCGUCACCCCGAUUUCGUUGAGGGUGUGAAGGCUCGCUUGAUGGCGAAGCCUCCCCGCCAGGCCCAAUGGCAGCCGGCUACUCUGAAGGAGGUCUCCCAGGAGGCCGUUGAUGCUUUCUUCACCAUUCCCGAAGGCGAGACUCGUCUGCCGCUCGGCAAGGAUGUUGACUACAACCGCUACCCGCAUGCAGAGUUUGCUCUGCCCUCCGAGGCCGAGAUCGAGAAGUUUGUUCGCAGCAACGGCCAAGGACAGAACCAAGUCAUCCAGGAGUUCGUUGGACGCUGGAACCAGAAGGAGGGUGUGCAAGAGAAGGUUUCGGAGGUCCUCUCGCGACGGACAAAGAACACUGCCCAAGGUCUGCGGUGGGUUGAGUAG